UGCUCAGAAGUAGCACCUAUUUCUGAAACCAGUCAGUGUGUCGGACGGGCUAUUUUAAAGGAAAGCCGCCUGCGACACGAAACGCGGGCGUCCUGUUCACACGUAUCUGGGAAGGGGGUUCGCAAAUGGGAUAAUUUCUGAGGACGCCCUUUGGUUGGAAAAAGAGAGCCAAAAGCCACCACGCAGACAGACCAAAAAAAAGGGGCAUGCCUGCCGCGUUGCAUGAUGGGACUUGUAGUCUCCAGCGGAAGAGCCGACCCUUCUAUUCAAGAUGGAAAGAGAGACAGAGAACUGUUGCCAGGAUACUCUCUCAGUAAACAAAGUGUCGCCAUGUCUCAGCUACAGUUCCUGGAGCUGCCCAAGGGACAUAUAGUGCCUUUCACGAAAGUUAACCCUGGCUUGUGGUACUGGAAAGAUGACAGCCGAAGUCUUGAAUUUGCAUGUGCUCAGCCUAAGGAGGAAGAUAAGGAAGUGGAGAAGAAGUCAAAGAAAGGGAAAACCAUCCACUUCCAAGAGACGGCCACCAAAACGCCAGACAGACCGGAUCCUGUUUUUUUCCGAGAUAUCUUUGCCGUACGGAGAAGUAUCCAAGAAGAUAAGUCGCCCCGGGUGUUGAAGCGAUUGCAAAAGGAACUGAUUUCUCUAGAAGACGUUAAGUACGCUGCCCUGUUUCUGGCCCACGAAGACGAUUCCUUUCGCAUCCAUUCUUUCUCUUUAGUUAUGAGGUGCCGGCAGCUAGAUGAUUUUCUCAUGGCUCUGCUGUACUAUCUGAAUUUUUAUCUGGAAAAAUUAGCCUUGGAGAUGAAACCCAAAUCUUUCAUGGGGAAGCCCAGUGCCCUGGAAAGGAAAGAGAUGCGGGAGAACCAAAUGAAGCUAGCAGUGACCAAAAAGCACCUGGCCGAGCUGUACUGCAUCCUCAUCCUCGGGCUGGGAAUGUCCGAUCAGCAUCACAUGGCUUGCGGGAAGAGGAAAAUAUCAACAACACAGAAAGACAGGGAGUUCUUUGAGUGCUUGUACAACUUCUCCUCCUACGUGGCUUUUGUGACGUUCAGACAGAAGAACCUCAAGGAAAUCCAGCGGGAAGUUGGCCGGCUGCUCCGCUCAAACAUAUUCAAUCCUGCUCUGAGAGAGACAGCUAAACCCAAGGAGUUGAAAACAGACGUGACCAAGGAGGUGAAGAAGGUCACUUUCCGCUAUCGCAAGAGCACCGAUGUAAGGCAGCCAGCCAUCCGAAGCGUCAUGGACCAGCGAUCGCCGGUGCUGAGCACCUUGCUGCCGAUGCCUAAAGACAGCGCUCAGUACCUUUUCCAGGACCAUUACCUCCAUGCUGGCAGAAGUCAGCCAGCCUACAGUCCUGAAGAGCUGCCACCCUUUUCCUCUGUCGUGCCAGAACCCAAGAUCGGCAUCAUUGGAUGCCCACGCCACAGAUUUAUCCCUCAUACGCUUCAGCCUAUCGGGACGCAGGAUGCUGAGAACAAGGAUGACGAAAGCAUAAGGUCGGAGACAAGCCUCUCUCCUGCUGUUUCCCAGGAGCUGAAUGUCUCACCGAAGGUCCCUCAAGGCAGCGCUAGCCUCCAGUCCGUGGCGGGUUCAAGGGCUACCACCGAAGCAGAUUACGUUGAGAAUCACUAGCAGCGUACGCUAGCCAUUAGGGAUAAUUUUUCUUCGUUUAAUUAAACUCUUUUGAAACGUUU